AUGGCCUUCCAUCGCGCAGCAGCAGCGUCGUCUUUCCUGCGACCUGCAGAAUGGACUCGCCACUCACACUGUAUUCUCGCCUGGCCGGGCCUCAACAACCCUACAUUCCAAACCCCAGCAUCCCUAACAGCCGCAACAAACGAAGUAUCUGCGUUGGCCCGCGCAAUCGCUGCGUUUGAGCCAGUUACUCUAGUUGUCGGUCAGGAGCGACUUGAUGAGGCACGUGAACUGUUUAGCACUGGCUUGGCCACUAGCGGCUCGUCCGCUGCGACUGAGAAGUAUAAAAUUAGGAUUCAUCCCGUUCGAGAGGAUGAUAUGAAUCUAUGGAUGAGAGAUAUUGCGCCUACGUUUACUGUUUUACGGCAAUUUUCAGCACGAGAAGAAGAAGGCAAGCUGGUUGGGGUGGAUUUCAACUUUAACGGUUGGGGAAAUCGGCAUGCUACAGCUGGAACGGUCACUUUGGCGAAGACGCUUCUGAAUGAUAUGAAAAUUGCGCGUGAAAAUGCGAGUAUCGUCACGGAAGGAGGCGCACUGGAAAUCGACGGUCAGGGGACCUUGCUGGCAACGGAAAGCUCGAUAAUCAACGAAAAUCGAAACCCUGGCAAAGACAAAAAGGAAAUUGAGCAAGACCUAAAACGUUACUUGGGUGUUUCGAAAGUGCUAUGGGUUCCUGGUGUCAAGAGUGCCGAUAGCACGGAUUGCCAUAUCGAUGCUCUAGCGAGAUUCGCGCGGCCUGGCCUGAUACUUCUCAGUCGACCCACAGGACCCAGAGCCAAAACCGUGUGGAUGAAAGUAUACGAAGAGACGAGAGAAAUCCUUCUAAAGGAGUCAGAUGCAACAGGGCAAAGUCUCCAGGUCAUCGAUAUACCCGAACCAGACAUGGAUUGUUUGGGGUUGGAUAAAGAAACCAUGGAUGAAGUGGUGUCUGGUGGUGAAUGGUCGCCAGUAAUGAGCUAUGUGAAUUAUUAUCUGCCCAAUGACGGGCUUAUCGUUCCCAAGUUUGGUGACGAGCAGGCUGAUGCCAACGCUUUUGAAAUUUUGAAGGCCGUGUUUGGUGAGAAGAGGGAGAUGCGGCAAGUCUAUAUUAAUGAGCUGCCUUUGCAAGGGGGCGGGGUUCAUUGUGCGACGCAACAAGUUCCCUUGGCUCAUGAGGGAUAA